AGCAGCAUAGCCAGGUCUUCUUAUCACAAAAGAUGCAAGAAGAUGUUUAAAAUGGAUUUCAGCCCUUCUUUUGUCUUGCCAUGCGUGCUGGUGAUUCUGACUAUUAUUGAUGGCGGGGUUUGUGCUGACAUAGAACAGCUGAAUGGAACCAUUGGCAGCAAAAUUGUCUUCCCUUUAGACCCUCCAAAUCAAAGCGAUCUCUCAGUAAUAGCAAUAAAUGGAAUAAAACAUCCAAAAAACGUAUCAACUGAGGACUGCUUCGAAUAUGGUAGCCGGCAGCUGUGCCUGAGAAAUGGAUUCCUGGUUUUGGAAAACAUUGCACAAAGUGAUGAAGGGCUGUAUCAGUUUUUUUCUGAAAAGGAGAACAAAACAUUCUUAUUGAAAGUAACUGAACCACCUCCGACUAUCUAUAUUCAUUGUCUACAUGGUGGAAAAGCAGAGCUGUCCUGUGAAGUGAGUGAUCUCUCUAGGGAUGUUUACUGGACCCUGAAUGGCAGCCACCUGAAUGAUUCCAACAUCUGUGUGAAGGAUGGUGGCAGGAAGAUUAUUUUGGAGAAAAGAAUAAGUGGAAAACUGGUCUGCCACAGAAGAAACUCUUCUGUCAGCUCCGCCACUGAGCUGGUGUGUGAUGAUGGGGAUCUUCUGAAGCACCCUCUAUUCCUCCUGGUUCUGGCAGCAUCUGGAGGAGCUGCAGUCCUUUUGGCCAUUAUUGCCUCCCUGAUCACAUGCUGCUGCAUGAAAAGCAAACAUAAUUUUAUUCCAGUGCCUGCAGAAGAUGAAAAGGAUGAGGGGAUCACCCUGUCUGCCAUUUGUAGUGAAGGACCCAAGAAUUCCCCUAACGGAGACCACUGUGAAGCAACAGAUGCCGUUGCUGCCAGCACCACCAAUCCAGGUCCUGGGAGUUCCAACCCAGGGGCUGAAAUGGAUCCAAAUCCUAAGGUGAAGCCUGAGACAGAACCAGGACCAGGAACAGUGGGAGAGGCUGCAAUAGAAACAGAGUUUCGAGAGGUCAUGGUGGACACUGCAGCUCUGGAAGAUGUCGGUGACUGUUUCCCUGAUCCACUUGAUGCUUGAUCAGAUGCAUUCCUUUUGCCCCAUUCUGAAGGCUUUUUCAUUCCAACAAUCACCUCAUGAUAAUGCUGCCCUUUGUAAAUCACUUGCAUACAGAUAGCCAAGCUUGUAACUUACUUAAAUAUGGUUUUCGCAGGCGCACCUUUUAGCAGUAAUGAGUUCUAGAUUUAAAUGUGAGAAACCCAAAUUUAAGAAUUCACCAUUCUCUGCUCUUUGUAAUUUUCUCCUUCCAUCCCACCCUAUUUUGCAAUUUUCUUUAACUUCUCUAGUUCUUGGUACUCAUUAAGUCAAAUGGCUACACAUGGGAAUCCCAGGAUUUCAUUCUGAAAUCAGAACCCAGAUUUUAGAAGCCAUUGGGUGGGACACCCUUAGUGGACUCCUAUAACCUGGAAGAGAUGGGCAGGAUGUACAAACAGAGAAUGUUCCCAACAUGCUGCUGACCUACCUACAUUAGAAUGAUGGGGCUCCAAAACCUUUUCUUAAUUCUCAUUAUCACAAACAGGAAGAAGCGGCCCCCUGGCAUCACUGCUGUAUGCCAUUUUGUAGAAAAUCACCAAGUCUUUCACUGUACAUGUGCUAGUUUACACUGACUUACAGACAGUGUAGACAGGAUUUUCCCCCUUUGUGGGAUCAAAUUUGCAUCAUCAGUCAAAUGCUGGACUCUUAACAAUCAUGCAGUGCUUUUUGAGGGCUUCCUCAUGGUGAUUUGCAGCAGGUGUUUUAAUACUUUGCUUGUCUUUGCUGUGGAUCUCCUUGCAGCUUACUGAGAAAAAGGCUUAGGAAAUGCAGGCAUCUUUCAAGUGCAACUUUUUGUGUGUGAUAUGAAUAUCUUAGCCCCUGCUCAGUUAUACUGGCUUGGCUGCUGCCUGGAGAAUUAAAAUUACGUCUACUCUCUUAAGUUGGAUAUUUUAUUCUCCAUGCCCUCUGCCGUGAAAUUAGCUGAAUGAACCUAGUUUUUAGUUAUAAUGAAAGUUUUUAAUUACAAUGAACAGUUACAAGGCUUACUUCCUUCCAGCCAACCUGCAGUUGACAGGUGUGAUAAUAUAAGAGAAAGACCUGGUCCAGGAUUGACAUUUCAUCUGGUCAAGUAAUAGCUGUAUUGUGUAAUAUAUGAAUGAACAUUCCUAUCAAAUCUUUCUUUGGCCUUCCUAGGACAUAAUGCAUGUGCAGACAAAUAACAGUAACAGUAUAUCUGUAUUGGAAGUAAGUUCAGAUAAGAUAUAUUCAGAUAUUGCUUGGUCUUUCACAAGUCUCUUUAUAGUGCUUAGAGUCACUUUGUGAUAACUUUCAGUUACAUUUCAUUAUAGUAAAAAUGGGCUCACGUUUCUCUGUUCUUUUCCCUCUUACUGCUUACUUACGCCUAUAUUUCUCCUUUCUGUAUGGCUUUUCUUUCCCCUGAUUUUUGUCUCCCUUUCAUUGCUCUACACUUUUUAAUCUUAUCUCAUUGUACAAAAAUAGGUCCAUACUGGUCCACUGUAUACUACUAAUGUGGAAUCCAUCCCUGCUUCUGAAAUUUCUUUAACUCUUAAGGGAUUGAUAUCCUGAGAACAGGGUUUAUAUACAGCAUCUAGUACAAGCAAGUGCUUUUGUAAAUAGAGUAGUGAAUGAUGAUGAACCAAUGCUAUUUUAAGGAGCUAGAAUAUUUUGCUAGAACUCUGUCCACAGUGCAAACUCACUGUCUGAAAACAUUCCUCUAACUAGUACUGCCAUUGUCUAUGAAUGUGGCCUCAUAAGAUGUACUGUCCCUAUAGAACUGGAAAAGAGUACACUAAUUUUUUUGCUCUUAAGUCAUAGCUGACUUGUGGAAACCCCAUAGGGUUUUCAAAGCAAGAGGAAUUCAAAGUAGCUUGCCAUUGCCUGCUUCUGCAUUAUGACCCUGGUUUUCCUUGGUGGUCUUAUCAACCAAUAUUCAAUAGUGUGUAGCAGAUAAGUUCCAAAGCACAAAGAUAUAUCCCACGAAUGCACAAGCCUCAAUAUAAGGUGCACAGUACUUUAUUGUGCUAGUGUGAUUCCAAGCAUCCACUUAUAACUACCACUAUUUUAUGCCUAAUUCCUGAUUUUUUUGUAUUUUGCAAGUCUGCAAUCUGACAAGUUGAAUUUCAAUGAAGAAAUCUCUGAAAAUAUGCUGGAGGUAACUCCUAAUCUGUUUUGUUUAUAAAAAAACACAGCAAGCCAUAUGUACUGCAUAUCAGAAAUAAGUCACAAUAAGUUCAAUGGAGCUUUCAACUGUGUACACACACUGUCUCACCUUUAGGAUGUCUGCCAGAUGAGAAAUUGACUCUGUCAUCACCUCUGUUUACAAUAAUAUAUCAUUAACAAUACUGAAGAGUAGUAUUUGCAAUGUGAAUGAACAUUUCGAUGAAUGGAGGCUUUACAUUAUAAACUCAACUGAAGCAAAAACUGUUUGGAAACUGUUUGGAAUUUCAAACUUGGAUUCAGUUCUACACAUUCAGGCUGGCUUUGCUCACGUAACAUUUAGACAUAAUGACCUGUCCACAGUAUGACGUUUGGAAUUACACGUUGGAAUUAGAGGUUGGAAUCUGUUCAACUUCACCUGACUUCCCUCCUUACUGCAGGCCUGGUCCAAUAGAGCUGUUGUCUGUACAAGUUCCAAGACAUAGUCCUUUGGGUAAUCAAAAAAGGGUCAUUUCUGUCCUCUUUUAACAAUGAAAAAGUUGAUAGGAUCCAGCUCUAUCUCUCAAAGCUGUUGGUAUCAGGAACAAAGGCAUAUGGGAAUGCCUUCUACUUGGGAUGCUGUGGAUGUGGAAAGAUUUACUGGGUCCAGUGGCAUCUAGCAACAAAUUGAGUGUUUUCUGCUUAUCCAGUGUGCUUAUCAACCACUGGACUUUUCAGAAGAGUCCAGGAUUAGAAGAACAAGGCCUUGAAAGAUUCUGAGGAUUCUAAGCAAGAGAUGGAGACUCGGGUGGUAUCUUCUGUGUGCUGAAACAAGGCAUAUAUUCUUCAGAAGGCAGUCUCAUUUAGCAUAGAUUCAUGAAACAGGAAGAUGUAUGUCCAUGCUCCCUGCACCCUGAUGGAGACCAUUAAUGAAAACAUUGCAUGGUUGAGAGUUGUUUGGUCAGUCUACAUUUUGGAACUCCUUCCCUCUGGCACACAUUUUUGAAGAGUGCAUUGCCAUACUAGAAUUAUGGCAGCCUUUACAUUAAGCUUUUUUUUUACCAGACAUAUGCUUCAAGCUCCACAUCGGUCAAAAUAAGGGACUUCCAUGAUCCCGCUGUACUUUUGUGACCCUGGAGCAUAUAUGUACAGAGCUAGAGAAGAUGCAUGGAAGGCCAAGAUAGCUUUAAGCACUCUGUAGAAAGUUCAUUUCAUUGAAUUUGUCACUCGAUAGUGCAGGAAUAGAAGGCAAUUCAUGCUACUGCAAUUUUUUAAAAUCUAUGUUCAUGCUAAGGCUUUUUUUAAAUGAUGCUGUAUCUCACUAAUGAAU